AGGAGCGCUCUCGCCGCGGGGCGCCCCGGCGGCGGCGGCGCGUGCGGCGCUGGGAGCGCGCGCGCGGCGAGCCGGCGGUGGCGGUGCCGGCGGAGGACCGGGAGGAGGAGCGCGAGCGCGAGCGGGGCGGGGGGGAGGAAGAGCGCGACGGCGACGGGUACCGGUGCGCGGGCAGCAGCGACAGGAGCGCGAGGAAGUCGGUCUGGAACGGGGUGGCGGGGGGCGGGGACGGCGAGGGUGACGGCGACGGCGACGGCGCCGAGGUCGAGAGCGUGGCCGUCGAGGACGUCAGGGAGGGUGGCGAGCGCGGCGACGACGGGGACCCGCCGCUGCGGGCUGGCGCGGGCGACGGCGAGGGUGAGGGCGAGGGCGUCGGCGUCGGCGUCGAGGCCCCCGACGCGCACGCGUGCCCGUCUGGCGCUGCGGACGCGGUCCGGUCGCCUGCCGCGUCGUCCGGGCUGCUGUUCUCGCUGGCGCUGGUGCUGGCGAUGCCGGUGGCAGCGUCGGGUUCGGCCCCGAAGACGGCGACGCGCGGUGGUUGCGAGGGGGGCGGCAUGGCUGCUGCUGGGGUUGGGUCUGCUUGUUUUCUUUUUCUCUUCUCCCUCCCUUCUUCUUCCUCUCUCUUCUCUCUUCUCUCUUCGCCGUAUCUGUCCCCGCUCAGCCCCUCGGCCCCCUUUUCUCGCUCGCCUCCCGCCUCGACCUCCUGCUAGCGCCCCAGACGCGUGCGUUCUCGGACGGUUGGCCCUCCCGCUUGGCGGCUGCGACGCUUGGGUCGCGACGGGACCGCUCUGCGCCCUCCCGGCCGUCCCUCGUGUGCUGAGGCGGCUCGUGUCGGCGGAUCGGCACCCCCGGAUGCCGCCGCGAUACGCGGUCGGAUAUCUCGGCGUACCUCGCAGGGCGGUUCGAGAAUACACGGCUCGCCCAGAUCUCGGUGCGGAGGCGUGCUGGGCCUGUCUGGUAGUCGGCAGCGAGGCUCUGUCAACUAAGGCACGGCGCCACACCCUAGUCUGCUAUUGGCGAACGCGUCGGGUCGAGGAAGCCCCCCAGCUUUCGGCGAUACAGCGGCGGCGCUAGGUUGCCAGGUGUGUAUGGUUGUAUGUAUUUAUCUUGGAAUAUCCCUGGCAGAUAGUGGAAUAGUUGUGUAUAUAUAUAUAAGUGUACUGUAUAUGCAGAUAACUUAGGGGCUUUCAGGGAUGAGCGAGC